CUGCCCCUAUUCUUCACCAAUGAACGGAACGGGCAAAUAUACAAGCGGCAUAAACGUUAUACUAUGGCCGAGACGGACAGUGACAGCUUGCGAACGAGAUGUUGACAAAACAUUGGGGAUCUGCUAAAUGCAACGUUGGUCCCCAAACGAGAAUGUCUUUUUUCUUCGAUCUUACUGAAAUCAGGAUUUGUGUGUAAAAGCUGUUGGGAGUUAAGCUACAUAAUUUGGGGAGGACAUAUCUGGGACUGCGAGCGAUAACGCACAACCUCUUUGGAGUAAUAGCCUACUGAUUUAACGACCGGAAUAUAGGAAUAUGAAACAUGGCAACCGCAUCCAUCGCGAAACAGCCCGAGCGCACUCUUCAUCACGUGCACCUCUUUACCCUUCUUGGAGAAUAUUUAAUCGAGUAAUUCUAUGUGUUACUCAGUAUUUCACCUCAUUUUACUAGUCGUUGAGCUGCUUUUUUAAGUGAUUAUUUGUUGUCCAUCUCACUCGGAAUAUGGAUAUUUGGACUUUGGAUAUUUGGCUGCGUUGAAGGGACCCGCUGCCUGCCUGUCCAUCAUAAUGGAUCAAGAUGAAAACCAAGAACCUUUUCAUGCCCUUUACGGGCCCAAUCGGAUGCGGCCAUCAUCGUACCGGGCACUGCGAAGUGCGGUGUCCAGCCUGGCACGAAUCGACGAUUUUUUCUGUGAAAAAAUCGGUUCUGGGUUCUUCUCAGAAGUCUUUAAGGUGCAGCACAGGAUCACUGGGCAGGUGAUGGCUCUGAAGAUGAACACAAUGGCUAGUAACAAAGCCAACAUGCUGAGAGAGGUGCAACUCAUGAACCGCCUUUGCCACCCCAACAUCCUCAGGUUUUUGGGUGUAUGUGUUCACGAAGGACAGCUUCAUGCUCUAACAGAGUACAUAAAUGGGGGCAACUUGGAGCAGCUACUGGACAGUGACAUAUAUCUGUCAUGGACUGUGAGGAUAGGUCUGUCUCUGGACAUUGCAAGAGGGCUGCAAUAUCUACACAGCAAGGGCAUUUUCCACCGAGAUCUUACAUCUAAGAAUUGUCUGGUGCGUUGUGACAAUGGUGCUUUUACAGCUGUGGUUGGGGACUUUGGGCUGGCAGAGAAAAUCCCUGAUUAUAGUGAUGGUGUUGAAAAGCAGCCUUUGGCGGUUGUGGGCUCCCCCUAUUGGAUGGCUCCAGAAAUGUUAAGAGGAGAGCUGUACAAUGAGAAGGCGGAUGUCUUUUCAUAUGGAAUAAUCCUUUGUGAGAUUAUUGCUCGAAUUGAGGCUGACCCAGAUAUUCUCCCACGGACAGAGGAUUUUGGACUGGAUGUGGAAGCCUUUGGGCAUAUGGUGGGAGACUGUCCGCCUCCAUUCCUUCGCCUGGCUGUCAAUUGCUGCAAUAUGAGUGCAGACAGUCGCCCUGCCUUUUCUGAAAUAGUAGUAACACUUGAGAUGAACGAGAGAGAAAGAGUGAAAAGUGAAGUUCCAGUCAUCCUAGAACCCAUUGCCAUUGACGUCAGCCCGUAUAGGAGAAGAAGCUCACCAUGCUAUCCCGGUGACCAGCGCCUGUCACGUAGUCAGUCAGACGUAUUGCCCCCUGCCACAUCACCAUGUUUAGGCACUCCUGCUCGGGUCAACCCAUUCUCUCUUCGCCAAGACCUCAACGGUGGUCGCAUCAAGCUGUUCGACACCCCUAGCAAAUCUGUCAUCUCUCUUACCUUUACCCUUCCACCACCUCCAGACCCUUGUGCCUCCCCACCACUGAACGGGAGCCCGGGGCUCCGAGGACCCCCUCGAAGGUGUCGGUCCCUGCCGUGCACCCCUGAUCUGGGUCGACAGCUACCCUUCCGGGACCAAGAGGGCCGUAAAGAGGAAGAGGAUGAGAGAAAUGAAGGACUGGGAGAUGGAAUUCAAGAGAAGGAGGCGGAAGGACGGCAAGAUGAUGUGGAGGACUCAGGCCUGGUUCUGGACUUAGAUAUGGUGUUUUUAGAACGGGUAGAAGAGGAGGAGGAAGAGGUGGAGAAGGAGGGCCUGAACCUCACAGAGCCCAUGGACUGUAGUAGUUCACCUGACACAGCUGAAGGAAACGUGUCAGGGAAGCGGCUUAUUAGCGGUUCUUCUUAUUCCCCGUCCUUAAAAUCCAAUGGUUGGGCUACGCCCAUCUCAAACGGACCAACGUUAUUACCUCCCCUUCCCCGUUUGGACAACAACAAUGGACUGCUUAGGCCUGGGCGCCCGUUUGCAUGGGCUAGACUCAAAGGAUACCGAGGCCCCGCCCCGGAGCCUUUACCGCCUACUAAUGAACAAGACGAUGUCAUGUCAUGUCCGGCCUGUUGUCUGGCGGGGUUCAGCUUCCCUUCCUUGUGCCUGCGUGGACCACCUUCCUCGCACCGUGGACCUCCACGAAGACCUUACAGGAACUUCAACAGAGGGGAAGCGUCUGCAGCCACUGCAAAGGGACUGCUCUGUCGGGGAGCAACGGGUCUGGCUCUAUCCGCUGCAACCUGUGAGCCAGGGUUACCUCUGCCAGAGGCCCAGACCUAAAGAUGACCACUGCAACAUCUCAGAAACUGCUCAAUAUUUACAACGAAACAGAGUCGGGACGCAUCAGACAUGUCAGUAUGGUUAUCUUACUGGAUGCAGUGUGGGAU